UCUGACAAAGUCACGACCAAGCAUUUGCUUUUGUGUCUUGUCUCCCACUUCCACGCUCAAGUCUUCAACUACGACGGCACUAUGUCUUACUCCUCAUCCAGAGCCCUCAGUGUAUAUGGAGGAGCAGGUGGUCGAGAAACCAAGGUCUCCUCGUCCCCCUCCGGGGUUUUUUAUUCUUCACCAAGAGGCUUCAACCUAGCUGACGGAUUAGACCCAUGCGCUGACGAGAAGGCCACCAUGCAGAAUUUGAAUAGCCGCCUGGCCAACUAUCUAGAGAAGGUGCACUCGCUAGAGAAGGCCAAUGCUGAGCUGGAGAAGAAGAUCAGAGAGUGGUACGAAAGUCGCACUGAGGUCACAUUCGACCACAGUUUGUACCUGGACGCCAUCACGGACCUGAGGAACAAGAUUCAACUGGCUUCCCAAGACAAUGCCACAUUAAUGCUGUCUGCGGACAAUUCCAAACUGGCUGCUGAUGACUUCAAGCUAAAGUAUGAGAAUGAGCUGGCCAUGCGUAGGGCCAUUGAGGCCGACAUCACCAAUCUGAGGAAAAUCCUGGAUGAUUUCAGCUUGAAGCGGUCGGAUCUGGAGAUCCAGAUUGAGGCUUUGAACGAGGAGCUCAUCAUGCUGAAGAGAAACCACAAGGAGGAGAUGUCUCUGGCUAGGGCUGAGGCUGGAGGUCAGGUAAACGUUUCUGUGGAUGCAGCGCCCUCUAUGGACCUGAACCAGGCCAUGACGGAAAUCAGACAACACUAUGAGACUGUGACUGAGAAAAACCGUAAAGAGCUGGAGUCCUGGUAUGAGAAAAAGAUUGCCACAGUGCAACAGGAGGUGGUCGUACAUAAUGAAGGUCUUCAAAACAGCGGAACAGAACUGAAGGAGUUGACAAAUGUCUUACAGAGACUACAGAUUGAACUGCAAACCCAUCAGAGCAUGAAGUCAACACUUGAUGGUGAACUGGAGGAAACACAGGCCCGUUACUGGGACGAGUUGACUAGGCUUCAGACCACCGUGACCAACCUGGAGGACCAGCUUAGUCAAUUUCAUGCUAACAUUGCCAAUAACAAACGAGAGUACGAAACACUGCUGGACGUCAAGACCAGACUGGAGCGUGAGAUUGAAGAGUACAGGAGACUGCUGAAUGGAGAAGAGAGGGAGUCCCACAAAAUUGUCACCAAAACGAUCACAGUGGUGGAAACUAUCGUGGAUGGAAAUAUUGUGGAGAGCAGCGAGAGUGUGAGUGUUAAUGAGACAGAGGACUAAUCUGAUCAAAAACACACUUCAGCUGCUGACAUCACAUUUUACUAAUCCCUUCUGUUUAAGACCUCUGUAUUGCACUUACACAAUUAAUAAAGCAAUUGGUCGGCACCUAUAGCCUUGUAGUAAGUGCGUCGACAUGUAACGCAGUUGUGCUCAGUGUGACCCUAGUUCGAAUCCCACCUCAAAGUCCUUUGUUGGUGCUGCUCCCCUCUCUCCUCCCAGUACUUUCCUGUCAGCUCUCCACUGUCCUCUCACAAUAAAGGUGUAAAAAGCCCAUAAAUAUAACUUAAAAAAAAAAAUCAAUUAAAAGUUUACCUUUACUUGAUUAUGAACAUCAUUAUCUGAAUGUGAAUUUUUUUUUUUUUCUGUGCAAACCUGAUUUCUAGCUCUCUGUUAAAUGACAUUCACAUGUGCCUGAUGUACUGCAAGCACAAAUCUCAAAAUGUAUCAUCAUCCUUUCAGAAACAAUGCUUUGAUAUCGACUCAAAACAGUAAACUGCUAUAACACAAGACAAAUCACAA